GUGUCUCUAAUAUUCUUCUUCUUCUUUACCCUUUCAAUGGCGCCCACUGAAAAGAAAAACCCACUAUUUUUCCCAGACUCAGACCGAAUUUUCCAAAAUCCUAGAGUGCACAAAACCAGAAUCGAGAGAAAAUUAGGAAUAUAGAUACAUAUAUAGGUACAUAUAUAGAUAUAUAUUUAUAUUUACAUAUAUAGAUAUAGAAAAAACUCUUUUUUCGUCGGGAUUUGAGGAUGAACUGGCGGCGAGUGUUGAACUCCGUACAGGCCCUGGCCGCGCACAGCCUUCUCUUCUCCUUCACGGUUUUGCUCGUUCUCAAGCUCGAUCACGUCGUCUCCUACUCUUGGUGGAUAAUUUUCUUUCCAAUUUGGGUAUUCCAUGCAGUUGUUGCACGCGGAAGAUUCUCAUUGCCCGCUCCAUCAAUUCCUCAUAAUCGUCAUUGGGCACCAUGUCAUGCUGUUGUUGCGACACCAUUGCUAAUUGCAUUUGAAUUGCUCGUUUGUAUGUAUCUUGAGGGCGUUAAUGUUCAUCAUUCUGCAGCUGUAAAUUUGAAGAUUGUCUUUUCCCCCUUACUGGCAUUUGAAAUAAUUAUUCUAAUUGACAAUUUCAGAAUGUGUAGGGCUUUAAUGCCGGGUGACGAUGAAAACAUGAGCGAUGAGGCUAUAUGGGAGACACUUCCACACUUUUGGGUUGCAAUUUCCAUGGUCUUCUUUGUUGCUGCUACAAUCUUCACCCUGCUAAAGCUAUGUGGUGAUGUAGGGGCUCUUGGAUGGUGGGACUUGUUCAUAAAUUUUGGUAUUGCGGAGUGCUUUGCCUUUCUUGUCUGUACAAAGUGGUCUAAUCCAGUGAUUCAUAGAAGUUCUCAUACAAGAGAAGCCAGUUCAUCUUCUACAGCUAUUAGAUAUCUUGACUGGAACAGUGGAUUAGUAGUUUCUGCAGAGGAGGAUCAAGAUCAGGAUAGAUUGUGUGGCCUACAAGACAUUGGUGGGCAUAUUAUGAAAAUUCCUGUAAUUGGUUUUCAAGUUCUCCUCUGUAUGCGUCUUGAGGGAACCCCUGAUAGUGCAAGGAGAAUCCCACUGCCUAUUCUCUUUUCUCCUCUUCUCUUACUCCAAGGUAUUGGUGUACUUGCUGCUGCAUGUAGGUUGGUGGAAAAAAUUGUUCUCUUACUUCGUAGUGGAGCCAACACAGGAACAUAUUUUAGAUUUUCUUUUAGAGUUCAUGAUUGCUUGGGGUUCUUACACCAUGGAUCGAGGCUACUUGGAUGGUGGUCUAUUGAUGAAGGAAGUCGUGAAGAGCAGGCCCGACUAUUUCAUGAGGGUGCUUCAGGAUAUAACACUUUCUGUGGUUAUCCACCUGAGAUAGUAAAGAAAAUGCCUAAAAAGGAUCUAGCUGAGGAGGUCUGGAGACUUCAAGCAGCUCUUGGGGAACAGACAGAAAUCACCAAAUACAGCCAGCAGGAGUUUGAAAGACUCCAAAAUGAAAAGGUUUUGUGUAGGGUUUGCUUUGAGAGAGAGAUUAGUGUGGUCCUGCUGCCUUGUAGGCAUCGUGUACUUUGCAGUACCUGCUGUGAGAAGUGUAAGAAGUGUCCAAUAUGCCGUAUUUCGAUCGAGGAAAGAUUACCUGUAUAUGAUGUUUAAGUUUUAACUACCUCUGCUUUGUGAGACGAGGAUUUUGGUGCAAAGAGUAUAAUAACCUUACAUGGAACAAGUUUUGGUAUAGUUCAUCUAUACUUGUGUGAUGGUGAUGAGUACUGCUUAUUCGAACAAAUUGACAAAGGAUGGGAAGUACAGGUAACAGUUGCUUUGACUAUGUCGGGGACAAAGGAUGUAGAUUUUGUCUCGUUUAAAGUAUAAUUUGUAAAUAAUCUAAACUAUUACGAAAGUAAAGUAAUUUGAUAGCAGGUUGCAAGUUUUUUCCAUGCAAUUAACUAUCUUUAUGUUUAUAUGACGAUUUAUCUCUAGGUUUCUCUGCAAGUUUUUGAUUCUCUAAUUUCAGAGAGGUGAUGUAGAGAGUACCAGGCAGUGAUAUCAGUUGUUCCAUGGAUACACAUUUCUUAUAUGCUGUUUGUUUUGUGGGUUUGAACCACAGUUCAAACCUUUAUGCUACAUUGUUUGUCUCAUAAAAAAUUGAAUUUCUAUUCAAAUCUAUGAGCCCAACGGGCACUUAUUUUCUCAC